GAGGAGGAGGAGGAGGAGGAGGAAGAGAAUCCAUCACCAGUGUCCCGAUACUGAGACUUAAAGGAAUAGUUCAACAUUUUGGGAAAUAUGCGCCUCCAAAGCUGAAUAAUUAACCACUUAUAUCUCAUUUCUAUAAGAUGUACAAAAAGGUGUAUUUUGUUACCUUUUGGACAGAUCCAGGCUAGCUGCUUCCAGUCUUUAUGCUAAGCUAACUGGCUGCUGGCUGUAGUUUCAUAUUUAAUGAACAGAUUUGAGAAACGUAACAAUCUUCUGAAUGAGCGUAUUUCCCAAAAUGUCAAACUUUUGAGAUCAUGUAAAUCCUGUGAUCUCUGAGACAUUCUGACAUUUCAAACAGCCUCCGUUUUUAACCUCCAAUUGAGUCUUUUUGUUUAAAUUUACAGUUAACACAGUCAGCCGUCCUCCACCUCAGUCACGUUGUUCCAUUAUUAAAAGAAUUCAAUCAAAAACUUGUUUUUUUUCUUAUUCGUGAUGCUUUUUCAAGGUUUCAGCAGCACUUUGUGAACCGGCCAGUAAGCCUCAACCAUUUAAAUUUUAUUUUUUUACCAGAACCAGAAAAUAAACUGGUUUUACUCCCAGUAAAAUGCAAGUGAACAUUUAUAGUUCUCAACAUCAGCAGACACACAACGUCCUGACUGUUCAUCCAGAAAACAGAAACGUUUGGAAAAAACUUUUUUUUUUUCGAAGCAGUUCGAAACCACAACUGGCAGAAGGAAUCAUGGGAAAAAAUUUAAUGUCAGAAUGUUCUUGUUUUGCACAAACAUGCUGUACUUCCUGUCAGACGGCGUGGAGUACGGGUGACUGGUGUUAAAGGUUGAUGGUGCAUCAGACAUAUUUAGUGAGAUAUUUAUUGAGGAUUUUUUUUUUUAAAGAUUUGCCUUCUUUCUCUUUUUUUUGGUUGUUUUUUGUUGUUUUGGUCUGAAUAUUUACAUCCCAGACGGUUUCUGUACUGCUGCUGUGAACAUUGUGAACAUUAUAACUCAUUUAAAAUACAUUUCCUGCUGUUCUCUCUUCCACCUCCCAAAGAUCGCUCACAGUUUAAUCCGAUCAGGAAUUUGAUUAAAAGGAUUGUUGUUCAAAUUUAAAAUGGGGAAAAAAACAAGGAAAAUUGACUCGAGGUUGAAGGAAUGUUUUUAUAAUUCUGAUCACAAGAAUAUUUAUUUGAAUUCUUGAACAUGGCGUCACGACGUGUCGGCGGCGACAGGUGAAACUGGACUGAUGUGUCUUUCAGAAGGGAAAGAUAUUUAAUGUUUGAUGUAAGCAGAUGGUGUGUACUUAAAAAAAGAAAUUCAUGAUAAAAGGUGUGUGAUGUUUGAUUAAAACUUGAUACGGGAAAUAGGAACUUAAAAAAAAAUAUGCUGUUGUUUCACUUUGACCUUUCAUGUAAAGCCCAGUCAUUGUUACAACUGUACUAUUCUACUUUUUCAUUAAAAUAUGAAAAAACUCGAUCUGGAGGAUUUCAGUUUCUGUGAACUCAAGUUUCAAAAGUGAAUCUUAGUAAAUUAAAGGGAAUUAAAGGGAAAUUCCAGGAUUUAAACUUUGCAACUGUGUACUUAAUUAUAAUAUUUUAACAUGUAUAUUUUUAAAUGUGCAAUAACACCGUCAAAUAAUAAUACAGUAAAUACAUUCAGAUUACUGAAAGAACCAAUUUAUGGGGAAAAAAAAUCUAGAAAACAACUUCAAGAAAAUUACAGUAGCUUUUAAAAUUGAUUUUAAAGUCCUUUUACUGAUCUACAAAGCCUUACACAAUCCAGCACCUUCAUAUAAAGUGUCCAACAAGAAAUCCGGUGAGGCUGCUUCCUGUUUUUAUGGCCCUAAACUGUGGAACACAUUUCCCUGGAUCUUAGAGCAGCAAAGUCCCGUGAAAUUUUUAAAAAUAAAUUAAAUACCUAUCUUUUUAAUUUGGCUUUAAUUCAGAUUAACUUUACUGGUAUCACUGAUAAUGUUUUAUUGUAUUGUGAUCAAACUGUCUGUUUUUCUCUCACUUAUUGCUAUUGUUUAUUUCAUGAUCGAACUUUUUAAAAUUGUUAUUGUUUAUUUUCAUCUGAUCUUGGUGCGAUACAAAUUAGAAAAAAGGAUUAUUUAUCUAUUUUUAAUUAAUCAUAGUAAAUGAUUUAUUUCUCGUGUCACAUUUAAGCCUCCAUACAAGGCUGGAUAAAAAUCUUUGAAUAAGUUUAAAGUGUUUUUGUGUUAAAAAAUCAUUUGUUGUCCAAAAUAAAGCGUGACACGUCAUGACGCCCGCUGAUUGCGUCAUCGCGGUGUCCGCCCUCCGCAGGGAAAGCGCACAUUCCUAUUGUCCAAGAUGGCGGCGUCGGUGCAGACCCUCUGAUGCUGACAUGUUUUUAAACGAGUUUAUCCUCCUUUUUCGACAUUUAUGCAAGUAUUCAGCGUCUGGAGCGGUAGCGUUCCUUUGCCGAAGCUGUCCUCUGCCGCGUUAUUUUGCUUAACACCGACGGAAUCAGCUCCCCAGGCCGGAUUCCCGCUGCAGGCACCGAAAAGUUUGAGCUCCAUCACCGUGUGAAGAUGAAGCGGCAGGCCGGGAGAGAGGCGAGUCCGUCCAGGGCCGCCGGUAAACGGUUCCGGGAGCGGGAGAGGGAGCGGAGGGAAGAGCUGCCGCCGCCGCCGCUGGCUCUGCUGCUGGCGGAGAGCCGCGGGUAUCACCGCCGGAGCCGCAGUAGGGAGCGGGACAAGCCGCGGGUGCGGGACGAGCGGGCGACCGCCCUGGAGCUCCACCACCGGCAUGAGCUCAGCCUCCUCGGCCGCCCGCCGCUCCGCACCGCUGCGGCCGAGGUGCCCGCCGCCAGGCCCGGCACUCUGGAGUACAAGACGCUGCUCAUCAGCAGCUUGGGCUCGCAGGUGUCGGACGAGGACGUGGAGGACGCGCUGUUUCACGAGUUCAAGAAGUUCGGGGACGUCAGCGUUAAGCUGUCGCACACACCGGAGCUGGGCCGGGUCGCCUACGUGAACUUCCGGCACCCGGAGGACGCCAAGGAGGCCCGGCACGCCAAAUCCUCCAGGUUAGUUUUGGGGGACCGGCAGUUGAAAAUUGAACCCAUGUACGUCAGGAGGCGGAGCGUGACGCCGCCGGACGUUAGUUAUUUACCUUUGCACGCACCGUACCCCUACAGACAGCGCUCCCUGUCCCCACCUGGGCCCGGAGCCAGCAGCAUCAGAGACCUUAGGGCCAGACAUUACGCCCUGGAGAGCCUGGGUCUGAGCAGGGAGAGGGAGAGGCUGCUGGAUUAUUAUGGGAUGCUGGAUGAGAGGGGUCGGCCCUACGGUUUUCCUCCAAUGCCCGUAGUGGAGGAUUUAAAGCCGGAGGAUGACCAGAGGGCAACUAGCAACCUUUUCAUUGGAAACCUGGAUGGUAAUGUGACAGAAGCAGAACUCAGGAGGAGUUUUGACAAGUACGGCAUUAUUGAGGAUGUUGUGAUUAAGCGCCCAGCCCGCGGGCAGGGCGGGGCGUAUGCUUUUGUGAAGUUUCAGAACCUGGACAUGGCUCACCGGGCCAAAGUGGCCAUGCAGGGGCGGCUGAUCGGUGGCAACCCGAUAAAGAUAGGUUACGGCAAAGCGAACCCCACCACCCGGCUCUGGGUGGGCGGGCUCGGGCCUGGAAACUCGCUGGCCGCCCUCGCUCGGGAGUUCGACCGCUUUGGCAGCAUCAGGAAAAUCGACUAUGUGAAGGGGGACAGCUUUGCGUAUAUUCAGUAUGAAAGUUUGGACGCUGCUCAGGCCGCCUGCGGCCAAAUGAGGGGGUUCCCGUUAGGCGGCCCCGAGCGGCGGCUCAGGGUGGACUUUGCUAAAGAGGAGAGCCUGCUUCGCCCGUUUCCUCUCGGUUACCAGCCGCCUGUUCCGCUCCCCUCCCACUACGAACUCCUCGGGGAGGCCUACAGCCGCCAUCGCAGCCUGGAGCGCGAGCUGAGGGGAGCCAGGGACCGCUCCUCGCCCCCCUCCCACAGCCUCCCCGCCCAGAGGGAGCGAGAGAGGGCCCUGCCGGAGAGAGACUUCCCUACCAGCCCCACCCGCAGCCUGGAGAGAAGGGCGGGGGGCGUGGAGGCGUUCGGGAGGAGCGGGCGAGGAGCGAGGAGCCGCAGCCGGGAGCGGUGGCUGAAGGAGCGGGAGGAGAGGAGGAGCAGCAGGAGGAGGAGCAGGAGUCUGUCCGCCGACCGGCAGCCGGAGGAGAGGGAGUGGGAGAGGGAGCGGGAGAGGGGGAGGUCCAGGGUCCGAGGUCCAGGAGGGGCCGUGUCUCCGGACGCGAGCCCGGACCGAGCGCGAGUCCGAGCUCCCGACUCCACCACAGAGCCCAGAGACCACUCCCCCGACAGCGGUGUAGGGGGACGCCACGCUACCACCAACGAAGAAGAUCCACCAUCCGGCCGCCACCACAGCAAGAGGUCCUCCAGCGAGCACCUCAACAACCACCACCAUCGAAACAGCGAGGUCAUCGCCGCCGGCUCGCCCGUGAUCCACACAGACACGCACACCUCGUCCUCGCCGAGCUCGCUGUCGGAGUUCGCUCAGGCCACGCUCUCCAAAACGUGGCACGGCUUCUUCGCCCUGAAGAACAGCAGCUUCCCCACGGAGCUGUACCUGCUGGAAGGCGGCGCCGCGUUCUUCGGCAGCGUGAUGAAGGACAGCCUGAAGCAGCAGAGCCAGAACCAGCCCAGCCAGCUGAAGAUCGCCCAGCGGCUCCGCAUGGACCAGACCCGGCUCGACGAGGUGACUCGACGCAUUAAACUCGGCCGGCCGGACGGUUUCGCCAUCCUGCUGGCUCUCCAGGGCCCCGUCGACCGCCAGGCCCCGGCCCCCGAGCCGGGACUGCAGGUGCGCUUGCUCCGCCACCUGGUGACCUACCUGCGGAACAAGGAAGCGGCCGGAGUCGUGAGCCUGCCCACCGCUAAAGAGGGGGGGCCCGGGGCGAUGCUGUACGCCUUCCCCCCCGGAGAGUUCUCUCAGCAGUACCUGCAGGCCGCCAAAAGGACUGUGGGUAAUCUAGACGAGGAGCACAUGGUCAUUGUGAUCGUCAACGACACUAAUUGAUUAUUACACUGAAGACGUGUACAGACACUUACAGGCGCAGGACGAGCUGACAGGAAGGAGCUCGGUGACUUCAGAUACUUCCAUGUUGUUUUUACAAAAAUACAUUUUAUUGUUUUAUCCAAUAUUCUUAUAAGUGAAACACAACAAAUUACACUAUAUCUCUCUUUUACUCUCUUAUUACUUUAUCCCUCUCUCUCAUGUUCAGCUACUGUCACUAGAGCCCGACCGACAAACCAACCAGCUCACUGCAGAUAUAUAUCAGUGUAUAUAUCAGCUGAUCAAUAACAAGAAUUCUAAAGGAUAAGUUCUCAUUUCUCAAGUCUUAAAACAACACUGACAUGUCCCCUUUAUAUGCACAAAGAGUUACUGGUUGCUUUAAUUGUUCUUCUGUCCAUUACUUUCAGUGCAAAUAUUAAUUCUUAAAGAUUCCCUCCAGACAUGUAAAAAAAUAAUCUUCUUGGACUAAUUAUUUCAGUCAGAUCUGUCAGUUAGUGGCGUACUGGACCACAGCUGGCUCCAGACUAGUCGUCAUGUGACUAGUCGUCAUGUGACUAGUCGUCGUGUUCGUAGGUACGUUUGUUUAAACUCAGAUUUAACGUGAGAACGAACCGGAGGUGUAACGGUUCACAUGUGUGUAACUCGGUUUUUGGCGUCACGGUUCGGUACAGCAGGAAAAAAAAAACAGAAAGUUAGAAAAUAAUGUUUUGGUCCCUUUAUUUUGAAAAAUGUAAACAUCCAACAACGACUCAUUGAUGGUCACUAUUAGUGAAACAGUUUGCUGCAGUUGUAACCUGCUGACUGCUGGUUUAUGCUGAUUUAUAGUCUAACUGUAUAUAAAGUAGUGUAAACUAGCUCCACCUCCAGCAGCUACAACAGUAACAUGCUGCUCUAACACUGAUGCUUCACUAUUAAUAAUCUAAUGAUGUCAUAUAUAAUAAUAUAUCAGUCAGAGGGACCAAACUUCUACUUUAUUACAAUGCUUAAACUGGUUCUUAUGAUUUGCUGUUUGACCACAAAUCAAUGAGCAUAUUUUAAUAACAGUGAAUCAUUCAGACGGUGUUGUGAGUCUCUCAUAUGUCGUUCUGACAGCAGCAACGCUACAGGCUAGCUCGGGCUAAACCGGCUAACCGUGAACAUGCUACGGCUAAUUUGCCAAAACGUAGAAUUAUCGUUGCACACGUCGGAGCGAGUGAAUCAUUCAACUGUUUUGACAGUAACUGAACCGAGAUACGUCACGUUACACCUCUUACACACACAUGUAUCGUUCUGCACAGAAGAAGAAGAAAAGCAUGUUUUUUUUGAGUGGAGGGAGACUUUAAGUUCAGGAGUGACUGUCUAUUCUUAUUUAUUAGUCCAUCAACAGGACAUUUCUACUAUUUUGAUAAUUUUAUCAUUUGAAACAGAAAUGCCAAAAUAUUCUUCCAGCUUCCUCGUCACUUUAUUUAAAUGGCUUUAGGCCAGAGAGCAGGAACAACUUCAGCAACCCAGAAAACUCUUUUUGAAUAUAUAUAUAUAUAUAUAUAAUUUGGGGGCCUGUCAGUAUUGUUUUAUUGAUGUUAUCAACAUAUUCAGCGGGCUCAGAGCUCCUGCAUCUGUCGGGCCGGUCGUUACGUUCACAGUUGAUGUCGUGGGUUGAAGAGGAUCUGUGUUUGUUUUUUUUUGUUUUUUUUUUAAACGGUCUGUAAAUGAAAAACACUUUAAAGGAAGGAAGGAUAUAAAUGUAGCUGCACAAAACUCUAAGCUGUAACCUACAAACACUAAAAACUGAGGGGUUUCGUUUAUAUGCUUGUUUACUUUAUUUGUCCUUUUUUGUUUGUUUUUCUUUUAUCAGGUUUACUACGUUGUUGUUGUGUAUAUCCAGUAUAAGUGGGACUAUAUAGGAGGUUUUAUACAAAGUGAUUGUACUGUAAAGUGAAGGGGAAGAAGCUCCAGUUUGUCUCUUCUUCUACUGGCCUCUACUGCUCACAGGUUGAGACUGUUGCCACGUGUUGUUUUUGUUUUUUGUUUUUAAAUUAAAUGAAAAAAAACAACAACAAAAAACACACCAGCUGCGACGGCCAGUAGUUU